UUCUUUUGCCCUUUUGUCCAUUUUUUUUUUGUCUUCCUUUUUUAUUUACUUUUUCAAAUUGGUCUUUUCAGUCUCUAGUUUCUACCCACUUUCUCUCUCGCUUUCCUGGCGGCCAAAAGAAAAGCUUUACAACACAGAUUCAAUUUUGUUUAUUGGGUUGAGAUUCUGCAGAUUCUGAUUUCCGCCGUUUCUUCGCCUUUCGAUUAAGUUGUAUUUGAGCUAAUACUCGCCGUCAAUGGCGAAUUGGGAACUCAAGAACUGUUGCCAGCACGACCAGGUCGUGUUCUUGGCCUGUGUGGGAGCCUUCACCGUUGUCAUCCUUGCGCUAUGGAGGACUAUACUACUUACACCUUUUAAGCUCAUCACUGUGUUUCUGCAUGAAGCAAGUCAUGCAAUUGCCUGCAAGCUCACUUGCGGUCAGGUAGAGGGAAUGCAGGUUCAUGCAAAUGAGGGAGGGCUGACACAGACACGUGGAGGCAUAUACUGGGUGAUUCUUCCUGCCGGAUAUCUUGGUUCUUCAUUUUGGGGGAUGGCUUUCAUACUUGCUUCGACAAAUCUUCUCACUGCAAGAAUUGCUGCUGGUUGUUUUAUUGUUGCUCUGGUUGUUGUGCUCUUCAUUGCUAAGAAUUGGACACUUCGAGGACUCUGUAUUGGGUUUAUUUUCUUUAUUGCCAUAAUUUGGGUUCUGCAAGAGAAAACAACUGUUCGUAUCCUUCGCUAUGUCAUUCUCUUUAUUGGUGUGAUGAACAGUUUGUUCUCAGUUUAUGAUAUUUAUGAUGACUUAAUAUCUCGAAGAGUAAAUUCCAGUGAUGCUGAGAAAUUCGCUGAGGUUUGCCCCUGUUGUACAGGGUGCGGAUGGGGAGUUAUAUGGGGGAUGAUAUCUUUUGCAUUCCUAUGUGCAUCUUUGUACCUUGGACUUGUCAUAUUAUCAUGAGGUUAAGCAUAUGGCUCGCAAACAGCUUUGGUUUGUCAGGGAGUUUUGCUGUCUUCUUGUUUUGGUGGUUUGUACCAUAGCCUGCUGCAUCAUACACAGCAAUUUCUGUACAGAAAUUAUGCAUUCAUGUAUUUGAUUAUUUGCUCAGAUUUAAUUCUUUAUGAAGGAGGAAAAAAUUGUCAUUGAUCAGUUGAAACAUUUUCUAAUUUCAACUCGUAUUCCUGGGUACCCCGAUAUUUAUAUUGACGAGUGACAUUGAUAAUGAAAACUACGAUUAUUUUUUUAAUGCUUGGGAAUGGAAUAAAUUUUAAAUGC